CCGAGAAGCUGUAACGGAAGUGACGCAGGACGUGAGCUUGUGGCGGGAUGGAGCAGCAGCAGCAGCAGCAGCAGCAGCUGAGAAACUUGCGGGACUUCCUGUUGGUCUACAAUCGGAUGACGGAACUCUGCUUCCAGCGCUGCGUACCCAGCCUGCACCACCGAGCCCUGGAUGCCGAGGAGGAAGCCUGUCUGCAUAGCUGUGCUGGGAAGCUGAUCCAUUCCAACCAUCGCCUCAUGGCUGCUUAUGUGCAGCUCAUGCCUGCCCUGGUACAGCGCCGCAUCGCAGACUACGAGGCUGCCUCAGCUGUGCCAGGUGUUGCUCCUGAACAGCCUGGAACCUCGCCAUCAGGCAGCUAGCCAUCCCCAACCCCAGGAAGGGAGGCACUGGAUGGCCCCUCAAAUUGAAGGAGCCAGUGGACUGAGUGCCUACUAUGUGUCAUGCACUAUUUGAGGCCAUGCAACACAGCAGUGAACGAGACAAAGACUGUGUUCUCCUGAAGCUUAUCCCCACCCAUGUGUUUCUCCCCAUCAGGAGAUGAACCCCUUUCCAGGGACCUUGCUUGGGCUGGGUCCAGCCUGUAUAUAGAAAGUGAGGGCUUGCCUGAGAGCUGGGUACUGUGGCUCCAGGAAGAGUUAAUAAACCUGCUUUUAUUC